AGAGCAGAGCAGCCCUGGGCGGGCUAGAGGGGCCGAGGGUGAACCAUAGAGCGCGGCGUCCGCCGCGGAGCAGAGCGGCUCCACACCAUAGAGCGGGGCUGUGAGGGCUAGAGGGGCCGCCUCGGAUCACGGAGCUGAGCGCCCCGGCGGGUGGAGAGGCCCGAGCUCUCCGCUGGCCGCGGGGGAUCCGAGCGGGCGGCGGGGAGAGGUUGGUUUGCGGGGCGGAGCCCCCCACGGCCCCGCUGCAUCUCGCGGGGAUGGCAGGCAGCGCGAGACCCUGCGCAUGCGCUGGGGAACCCUGAGGGAGAGCGCUGCCCCGCGGCGUUGCCAUGGGGACGGGGAGGCGCUCAGGAUGCUCAGCGACGCCGAAAGCUGCCCUGGACCCACAGGCUGCCCCAGCCUGCCAUGUCAGGGAGUCUUCUAGCUGCUGCUCGGGGGCUGGGGCGCUCUGCUUUCUGCUGAUCCCACGCUGCAAUGUAACGUCCAGCUGCAGUCAUGCGACAGAGAGGCCAUGUCAGUGCUUGCAAGAAACGCGCAGCGCAGCACCACUACUACGAGCUGUCCAAUCAGAGAGUGAGAGCAGUCAAGGCUCUGGCAGCUGCUGCAGAGCAGCCAGUCAAAGAGGAGCCGUCGGAGGCGUUCACGUUCGACAUGUGUUGGCUCCCUCUGCCUGGGGAGGUGAAGGCGGAGCAGGACCACGAGUGCACAAAGUGUGGAGAGAGCUUCCACCAGCAGGCCGAGCUGCUGGCCCACAGAAGACCCAUGAGCAGAAAGUGCUGCUGAUUUGCACAGAGUGCGGCCAGAGCUUCUCCUGCCCCAGCAGCUUCAUGCUGCACCAGCACGUGCACAGUAGGGAGACGCUGCAGAAGCCCUACGUCUGCCCGCAGUGUGGACGCACCUUCAGCUACAAGACCAGCCUGGGAGUGCACCUGCUUGCCCACAGGAGCGAGCGCCCCUUCAUGUGCCCCUCCUGCAGGAAGAGCUUCAAGAACAAGACCUACCUGGUGGUGCACCAACGCGUGCACACCCGCGUGCGGCCCUACGCAUGUGCCGAGUGCAGCAAGAGUUUCCUGCAGAAGCGAGACCUGAUGGUGCACCAGCGCGUGCACAGCAAGGAGAGCCCCUUCCCCUGUUCCGAGUGCGGCCGGCGCUUCCGCUACAAGUCAAGCCUGGCCAUCCAUCAGUGCACACACACGGGCGAGCGCCCCUUCCCCUGCCCCGACUGCAGCCGGCAUUUCAAGUACAAGACCAACCUACUGAUCCACCAGCGCAUGCACACUGGCGAGCACCCCUACCCCUGCCCGCAGUGCAGCAAGAGCUUCACCUGCAGCACCAACCUUAUCAUGCACCAGAUCACCCACGACAGGCAGCAGGAGGGGCCACGGGGGCCGCCAGCAGCCAGGCGGCGGGAGAGGAAGAGAGCCCACACGGCUGACCAGCCCUUCGUUUGUGCCGAGUGUGGCAAAGGAUUCAAGAAGCAUGGCUUCCUUAUCAUCCACCAGCGGAGCCAUUGCCCAGCACCUGCCGGAGUUAGUGCAGAGCAGGCAGCUGGGCCAGGGAAAGCCCCGUGCUCCUCUCUGGAGCUAGCGCAGAGCAGGCAGCUGGGCCAGGGAAGGCCCCGUGCUCCCCACCGGAGCUAGUGCAGAGCAGGCAGCUGGGCCAGGGAAAGCCCCGUGCUCCCCACCGGAGCUAGCGCAGAGCAGGCAGCUGGGCCAGGGAAAGCCCCGUGCUCCCCUCCGCACCCAGUCCUCGCUCUCGCCAGGGAGUGGCUUGGAGCACAGGGCACCGAGGGAGCAUCUGGCAACGGGAUGUGCUAGCCACAGGUUGGGCAUGCCUGCUGUGUGCUCUACUGCAGGCUGGUGUGACUGGACCCAGCCCCUCCCCAAGCCUUGGGCAUUGUGCCCCAGACUAACUUCAUUGUGCUCUGAAAUAAACCGUCCCCACACCCUGGCCUGCCUGGCUUUGUGUGUUAGCCUCUGGCCGCCAGAGGACGUGACAGCAGCCCAGAGGCUGCCCAGGGCCCGGCCCGGCGCAUGCCCCACACCAACUCUGGCUGACAGCUGACCCUGCGUAAGUACUCAGUAGGGUUUCCAGGCAUCCGGUUUUCGACCAGAACGCUGGGUUGAAAAGGGACCCUGCUGACUAGGCUGUUAAACAUUCGGCUGGCGGUGGAGUGGGGCUAAGGCAGGUCCCUGUCUGCCCUGGCUCUGCGUGGCUCCCGGAAGCAGCCAGCACGUUCCUGUGGCCCCUAGGCACAAGGGUAGCCAGGGAGGCUCUGCGCACUGCCCCAACCGCAAACACUGGCUCUGCAGCUCCCAUUGGCCAGCUGCUUCCAGGAGCCACACAGAGCCAGGGCAGGCAGGGAGCCUACUUUAGCCCCACUGCACCGCUGACUGGGAGCCUGUAACAAUGCUGGUUCUGGUGGGACCCAACUGAGAGUGCCAAUUCAGGACCAAUUGCUUAAACAGGGCAGUUACAGCCCAAGGCCGGGGUUUUUCCACCUCUAAGGCAAACCAAACCAGGCAGCCAGAGAGGACUUUGGUCUCACCCCACUGGCUAACCACAAGUCACACAAGCAAUUCCCUUAGACACUCCAGCUUUCCAGUAUCACCACCAGUGCCACUCGUCCUGGGGAUGAAUGGUUAUGAAAACAAAUACCCCAGUAAAAGAAAAAAGGUUCUCCUGAUCCCAAAGGACCAAACCCCAGAGCCAUAUACAAGUCAGAUCUUACCCACAAAUCACGCUGUUGCCAAUCCUUUAGAAUCUAAAGAUUUAUUCAUAAAAGGAAAAAGAUAGAGA